CGCAUUAAUCCAGGGCUCAUUUCAACUUCUGGGAGUAUACGGGAAGUUGACAAAAGCCCUCGAAGCAAAAGGCUAUCCUGUUUUCCACCCUCUUCUUCCAAGCUUAGUGGAUCCAGACAAGCCUGACUUUGCUUCGAAGUCUCUUUCUACCGACGUAAAUGCUAUACAGUCAGCGCUUCGACGCUUGAUUGAAGAGGAAUAGCGAACCGUGCUGGUUCUUAUGCAUUCUUAUAGAGGUCUUGUGGGAAGUAAAGCAGUCUUGGAGGAGUUUGGCUGGAACAAGCGUAAAGACAGGGGUUUGACCGGUGGAGUUAUCCAUCUGUUCUUCGCCGACUUUGUUCUUGCGGAGGUGAGCCUCCUAUCUCUCCUUUUUAUAAUAAAACUAAACAUUGGCGGUAUCGAUAUAGGCCAAUCGGUAUCAAGUGCAUUCGGAGAGUCUCCUAACAAUGAGAUCCGUCCCGGUGGUCGUCUCCGCGUCAAGAACCCCGCACAGGCAUUGUACAGUGACUUACCUACCGAAGAAGCCGAGUAUUGGACGUCCAAAAUAAUCGAUCAGUCCUAUGCCGCCCAAACAACUGAGCUUAUCCGGGCCGCAUACCGCUAUAUAUCAUCGACAUACGUGGUGUGUGAGAACGACCAAGGUCCGCCGCCGCGGUACCAGGAGAUGUGGGGUAAAAACGCAGGCUCCGUUAUGCUCAGAAUCAACUCGGGGCACUCUCCAAUGCUUAACAAGACGGACGAACUUGCGGAUAUGAUAGCGAAAGCCGCGCAGGGUGCAAUUAAUCAUGCUCAUUGAUAUCAUUGAUAUAGUUCAUCAAGUUAAACACCCAAA